UGAGAGGUACAGACGCGGAACAGGGAGAAGGAGAGCAUAGCGGGCAUUCAGAGGAAGCCCGUGUGUCCUUCACAAGUUACUCGCACAAUUUUCUACCUUUCGGAGCUUGCUGUCGUCUAUCCUCGAAGAAUCACACGCAAAAAUGGCACAACCGGACCACGCUAAGAAGAUAUUUUUUGAGAACCUGUCCGGAGCGGGGAAAGCCAUCGCUGUAUUGACGAGCGGCGGUGAUGCGCAAGGGAUGAACGCUGCCGUGAGAGCCGUGGUUCGGAUGGGUUUAUAUGUGGGAGCCAAAGUUUAUUUUAUUCAUGAGGGUUAUCAGGGCAUGGUGGACGGAGGGGACAACAUAAAAGAGGCCACAUGGGAGAGUGUCUCCAGCAUGCUGCAAGUCGGGGGCACUGUUAUCGGUAGCGCUCGGUGCAAAGAGUUCCGAACACACGAGGGACGCCUGAAGGCAGCGCACAACCUGGUCCAGCGCGGCAUCACAAACCUGUGCGUAAUCGGAGGAGACGGGAGCUUGACCGGCGCGAACCUUUUCCGAGAAGAGUGGAGCGGACUUCUGACGGAGCUGGUGGAGCAGGGUGUUAUUGAAGAAGAGUCUAUUCAGAAAUACUCGGCUCUGCACAUCGUGGGGAUGGUCGGCUCCAUCGAUAACGACUUCUGUGGCACUGACAUGACCAUCGGCACCGACUCAGCCCUGCACCGGAUCAUCGAAGUGGUGGACGCCAUUAUGACAACAGCACAGAGCCACCAGAGGACUUUUGUAUUGGAGGUCAUGGGCAGACACUGUGGGUACUUGGCGCUGGUGAGUGCUCUGGCGUGUGGAGCAGACUGGGUGCUGAUUCCAGAGAUGCCUCCUGAAGACGGCUGGGAGGACAAGAUGUGUCAAAAACUGUCUGCGAACCGAGCAGGAAUGAAAAGACUCAAUAUCAUUAUAAUAGCCGAGGGUGCGAUUGACCAAAACAACAGACCCAUAACUACUGAUUAUGUGAAGGAUCUUGUCGUCAAGAACUUGGGUUUUGACACAAGAGUUACAAUCUUAGGUCACGUGCAAAGAGGAGGAACGCCGUCUGCUUUCGACCGAAUCCUGGCCAGUCGAAUGGGGGUGGAGGCGGUUCUUGCUCUGCUGGAGACCACAGCCAACACUCCGGCCUGUGUGGUGUCUCUGUCGGGGAACCAGUCUGUGCGCCUGCCUCUCAUGGAGUGUGUGCAGAUGACUCAAGCUGUGCAAAAGGCGAUGGACGAGAAACGCUUUGAGGACGCGGUGAAGCUUCGAGGCAGGAGUUUUGAGAACAACUUGAGGACGUACAAACUGCUGGCUCAUCGCAAACCCGAGUCGGAGCUGCCGGUGAGCAGCUUUAACGUGGCGGUGCUGAACGUGGGCGCUCCGGCGGCGGGCAUGAACGCGGCGGUGCGCUCUGCUGUCAGGGUGGGCAUCUCCGAGGGGCACAAGAUGUUCGCCGUCAACGAUGGAUUUGAAGGAUUCAGCAAGGGACAGAUUAAAGAGAUUAAAUGGUCAGAUGUUGGAGGCUGGACAGGUCAAGGUGGAUCAUUGUUGGGAACUAAAAGAACACUCCCAGCAAAACACGUUGAAAAAAUCGCAGAACAAAUGAGAAAGCACAGUAUCAGUGCGCUGCUAGUUAUCGGUGGAUUCGAGGCCUUGCUGUCGCUGCUGGAGUUACAAUCGGCGCGCGGCAGAUAUGAGGAAUUCUGUGUUCCUAUGGUCAUGGUCCCCGCCACUGUGUCCAACAAUGUGCCGGGGUCAGACCUCAGCAUUGGGGCAGACACGGCCCUGAACGCCAUCACGACUGCCCUAGAGAGUCUCCAUCAGCUGUACGAUGCCAGGGCGGCGUACGAGGAGUUUUGCGUGCCCAUGUGUAUGCUGCCCGCCACCAUAAGUAACAAUGUCCCGGGCACUGAUCUGAGCAUUGGGGCAGACACAGCUCUCAAUGCCAUCGUGGAGACCUGUGACCGUAUAAAACAGUCUGCGAGCGGGACCAAGCGCCGCGUGUUCAUCAUCGAGACCAUGGGCGGUUACUGCGGUUACCUGGCCAGUGUGGGGGGGCUGGCCUCUGGAGCAGACGCAGCCUACAUCUACGAAGAAGCAUUCGAUAUUAAAGAUCUACAGGCAAAUGUGGAGCACUUGACAGAGAAAAUGAAGACCACCAUUCAGAGAGGACUGGUUCUUAGGAACGAGAACUCCAACGAGAACUACACCACAGACUUCAUCUACCAGCUGUACAGUGAAGAGGGCAGAGGAGUGUUUGACUGUAGAAAGAACGUACUGGGACACAUGCAGCAGGGUGGCGCUCCGUCUCCUUUUGAUCGGAAUUUUGGCACAAAAAUCUCAGCAAAGGCCAUGCAGUGGAUCACUAACAAACUCCAGGAGACGUUCAGACAAGGUCGUAUCUUCGCUAACACGGAGGACUCCUGCUGUUUACUGGGCAUGCGCCGCCGGGCUCUGGUCUUCCAGCCCGUCGUGGACCUGAAGGACGAGACUGACUUUGUUCACCGUAUCCCUAAGGAGCAGUGGUGGUUGAAACUUCGCCCCCUGAUGAAGAUCCUGGCGAAGUACAAGACCAGCUACGACGUGUCCGACUCGGGGCAGCUGGAGCACGUGGGAGGAAACCGACCCAAAGAGCUGGACGCUUCCGUGGCGAUGUAGACCCCUCUAGAACAUACUCCAUGCAUAACUACUGCUGCGUACGGUGGCCUGUGAAGUCCAAUUAUUGUGUGUGUGCGUGUGCGUGCGUGAGUUAGCAGCUCCGUGAGGCGUCGGUCUUGUGAAACAGUUCUCUCCAUGUCUCAGACUCUUUAGCCUUCUGCCGUGAACCUGCAUUUUAAAAUAAGACUGCACAAUGUGUUAAAAAUGCAACGUUAAAUCCCGCGUUCGACGACGUCACGCUGGGGGUGUCCUGCAUGUACGCCUACGCCAAUUUUAGCAUCACAUCGCCCAGAACGUUGACGGCAUGAGCUGCGAAAUACCGCGAUGAAAGAAACAAAAAAAAAAAAACUCACGUAGACUCGACCAAGUUUAACACAAGGCUAAAGGACCAGCAAACAAAAGGGAACUGAUUUGUUUUAUUUAUUUCGUCACAAAAUUUUUCAGAUUUCGACUGUCAUAGGAAAACGAUUCUGCUUCAACCUCUCAGACUGAAAACCGUAUCAUUCUUGCUAUUUUGUACUUUAAUUUAAUAGAAUCGUGUAACAUUUUAACCUUAUUUAUUUGCUUUAUUUUUAAAAAUUGCCAACAAUUGCUAUAAUCCUUCAAAGCAAAAAUCUAAUACUUUGUUUUUCGUUUCUUCUUUGAUUAAUUUAACUUAAUACUAUAGGGUAACGCGGGCUAAAAUAUAAUUAAACUGUUUAAUUUAUUCGCGUUAGGACUAAAACAAAACCAGUACGAUAAUUAGAGCUUAACCACACUUGAUUAUAAUUACACUGUCAGGAAUCAAAUGAGCAAAUCUGCGAUAAAGGAGCGUGAAAAUAUACUUGAAAAGCUUUGCGAAAUGUCUGUUUUGAAACUGAUUAUAGACGACUUGAAAUACUGUACGUUUCAGAGGUGGGAAGAAAAUAAUCUGGUAUUUAAGGAUAGAUAUGAAAAAAAUAAAAAGUAAAUUAAAAAGUGAUACCUGAAGGUGCUGUGAAAGAAACUCAAACGCUCAAAUAAUUUCACAUUGUCAACUUAAAGCUUUUGUCAUCUUUUACUCAAGUAAUAGUACUGGUGCUUUAAUAAAAAAUACUCGAGUAGGAGUAAAAAUACGCUGCUAGAAAAGUUCUCUGAAAAGCACAGUUGCUUUAAAAAGUUACUCAAGUAAACGUAACCGAGUACUACCCACCUCUGGUACUGAAAGUUUAAAAGGUGCACGGUGUAACUUUUUUGUUAAGGGAACUGCUUGUUUCUAUGGAGAUGUCAUUGCUUUGUCUGGAAUGUUCCACAGUAUGCAGUAUUGGGAGUAACGUGUUAUAAAAGUAACAAAUUACUGUAAUGUGUUGCUUUUUGCUGUAACGCACUAAUGUUUGGCAUUAUAGGGAAAAAAAAAACCUUUUUUAACCUGGACUGAAGUGGUGGGUUUUUCUUCAUACAAAUUCGCUAAAAUUAUCGCGAUAUCAGCAGCGUUGAAACACCAGAGAUGCGCCCGUGUAGACCGUCAGGUGACCGUGGGCGAAAAGGACCGGCACAGAACUCCACACUCCACGGAGCUAAAUGCAGCUGACUCCUGAUCGCGCCUUGGAGACACCCUGUUCCAUGGGCUCGGGGUUCUCUCAGAGGCGGUCCUAGAUUCCAAGUUCUAGUCCAAGAUUAGUCCUGGGUUGGUCCUGGUGUAGUCCUGGUUUAGACCUGGUUUAGACCUGGUUUAGACUUGGUUUAGUCCUUGUUUAGACUUGGUUUAGUCCUUGUUUAGACUUGGUUUAGACCUGGGUGAGUUCUGGUUUAGGCCUGGUUCAGUCCUGAUUCAGCUUUGGUUUAGACCUAGUUUAGUCCUGGUUUAGUCCUUGGUUCUGUCCUAGUUUAGUCCUAGUUCAAUCCGGGUUUAUUCCUGGUUUAUUCCUGGUUCAGUUCUGGUUUAGUCCUGGUUCAGUCCAUAUACGGCGCAAAAGUUCAGCAUCUUCACAGUUAUUUUGAUGAGAGUAACUUAGUAAAGUAAUACAAUAGUGUAAUGCCUUACAUUUUAAAUAAAUAAUACAUUUAAAAUUUUAAAUGUAACAAAUUACUUUGAAAUGACAUUAACAAGUAAUAAAUAACGCAUUACAGUUUUAAAUGAACUCGCCCAACAGUGACAGUGUGACGUUAAACAGCUCUACCUUACAUUUAUUCAGUUACAAGUGGAUUUAUAGAUCGAAAAUACUUUAAAAAACAGGAAUUCUGACUUGACCUGUGACUUUGGUUUGGUCUCCAUGAUGAUAUAAAUGUUUAAUGCCAUACUGUGAAACAUUCCAGACAAAACAAUAACAGCUUUUGACAGACCCUCCAUUGGAAAAGUUACACAAUGCAUCUUUUAAAAGUUGAGACACUGUAAACUCUAAUAUAUUGUGCAGCCCUAUUUCCAAACCACUCUAUCUAAACGUUUGUGUCUCUUGUUUAGUGUCACUGAAUGAAAAUUUGCACUUUCCUCUGUCUCCAGCGGCUUUUAGGGCUUUCGUGAAGACAGAAUUUUAGUCGAGGAACGUUUGAAUAUAUAUAUAUUUUUUUUGUUGUAAAACCCAGUCUGUAAAUCUGCCUAGGAUCAGCAAGCAGUUUCUUUUAACAUAUAUAUGACUGAUGCAAUACACUUCUUCUGCUGCUGCUGCUGCAAGAAAAAAUGUGUGUGUAUGGAAGAUAAUUUGUUCCAUUUGAUUUUGAGUUUUAAAUACAGCUGAAUGUCUGAAUUUGGAUUUUUUAACUCUGAAAAAAGACGUUUGAAUUAUUUUUUAUUUUGAGUUUGAGUUGCUUUCCAAUAUUUUUCAAAUUCAGAAUAAAAAAUUCGUCACCUUUUAAAUAUUCAGGACAUAUGUUCACAUACAAAAGUCAAAAUUCGGAGUCUAAAAUUCGCAGGGAAAGAUUUUACAACAAAGAUCUAAGAUGGUAAGGCAGAAGUAAUCGAUCAUGUGUAAGUGAGGAGGAUAAAGGCGGCUGUUUCCUAUUGGUUGUUCUCAUUUGUGGGCGGGGUUUACACUUAAGAAAUAAAAAAAGAUUAGUUUUUUUUUGAUGAGGCUAAUUCUGACCAAUCAGAUCGCUUCACCGCACCAUUUCCCGUUUGUUACUAAGUUAGAUCGGAUCACUUUGGAUCGAUUGCUUCUCCCUGGGCAUCUUGAAUCUUUCCUGCGAAUUUUACACUCUGAAUUUUGACUUUUCAAAUUGAGGGCUUGAAAAUAUUUGUGCUGAAUAUUCAAAAAGUUAUGUUCACAAACAAUUUCAUUUACAGACUCUAUUCACGAUUAACGUCACAAUCAAAUAGGAAGACGUUUGGAAACAUGCGAUGAGAACUUUCGGCGGGCUCUCUUUAAGGCAGUAAGUCUGACGAAAUCUAGGAAAAAUGAGAAAAUGGACCAGUUUCAGCUCUUUAACAAUUUUAACCACACCUCAGUUUUCAUAAUUCUCCCACUGACGCACAACUCCGAGCACAAAUAGAAGAGACAAGGGCGCCAAAUUCAAGAUGGUUCCAAACAGCACAUACAUAUGCAGUCUUCAUUUUACCGUUGAUCACUUUUACUUCAGUGGGUUUUAUCAGUCGGUCGGUGAUCUCAGUGUCGGGAACUACACCGGAAGUCGUCAUCGCAUGUUUCCAAACGUUUUCCCGGUUUGUGACGUAAGCGUGAGUAGAGCCUCUUGAGAUUAAAAUAAGAUAAUAAGAUAAUCUCCUCCCAAUUGAGAAUUUGGUCCGUGUACCAUUCGUUCUUUUGAGUUUCAAUUAAGAAUGAAAAACAAUAAAAUGAUAAAACAGUUUAUUUCAUUAUUCUGUUUCGGUGUCAGACAGAAAACAGAUUUCGACCUCUAUUUCCAAUAUUUAAUUUAAUGUUUAUUUCAAGUAACACCAAUCAGUGCCUAUUUUAAUUCUGAUAUUUUGUUCUCUCUGGUUUAUUUGCACAGGAAGUUCUGCUGCUGAAGGACUUACCUGAAAAAUCUUUUCAAUUUAGAGACGCGUUUACUUUCGCGUCUCAAAAAGUAAUUGUUGAACUCCAUGACGACAAACAAGAAGCACCGAUAAACUCCUUUGUUCAGUUGACAUCACAGAACUAUAAUAAAAAUAGUUUUUAUUACAGAUCCAUGGCUGAGCAGCAGAACUUUGAUCGCAAAUAAAUCAGAGAGGUUAAAAUAUCAAAAUUAAAAUAGGCACUGAGACUUUAAACUUUAAAUUAAAUAUUGGAAAUAAUCAAAAUCUGUUUCUUGUUUGAUACAAAAAUGGAAUAAUGAAAUAACAAACUCUUUUUCCAUUUUACUAUAUUUCGUUCUUAAUUGAAAUUCAAAAGAACGAAUGGUACAUGGACCAAAUUUAACACGAAGACAAGACGACAGAGCAACAUAAGAACCAUAAAAAAUACAAACAUCCACCAAAACAAAAAUAAAAAUAAACCAAAUAUGACCACAAGAGUAAAAAAAAAUCCAAAGUGAGAUAUUCAGCAGCAUUUAAAAUUCAAAAUCUGAUGAAACAAAUCACCUUCCAUAUCGUGUGUGAGGUUUUCACCGAGAAAACUAAUAUUUAACUUUUUAACAUUGUAUUUUAUUUUUGCUCGUACACAUAUGGAUAUAUAUAUUGGAUAAUACAUGUAGGCACUGCUGUUUGGAGUAGCUGUCUGUCUUAACGCGCCGAGAUUAGAUGUUAAAGAAAUAUCUCCCACUGAAUAAAUUAUUCAAGUGCA